CCAAGAUCGCAACAAUGCUUCCCGACGAAAUCAUCGUACAGCUCAGCAAUGAAUACCAGUGUCGCGAACAGCAAAUCCAGCACCUUGCAGCCCUUUACAAUUCACAUCUUCCCUCUCCAUCACUCCUCAACAUCUAUGGGUUGGCUGCGACAGGGAAAUCCACAAUUCUAGCCUCGUAUUUCCCUCUUGCUGGCAUAACACAUGCCGUCAUCAAUGUACGCGAAUGCAUCACCGCGCGACAUCUCCUUGAGCGCAUUGUCUCUUCGUGUCUUGAUGCGCUCGACAGUUCCCACGACGAGAAGACGGAUAGAAGACCUUAUGCGAGAACAGAGAAUCUGGGCGCUCUGUGUGUGAAUAUGGGAAAGAUACUGCAGGGCAGAGACAAAUUCGCGCUCGUGCUUGAUGGCGUAGACAAGCUUAGAGAACCUGGCGGGACGCUGAUUGCUGCGCUGGGAAGGUUAGGAGAGACGAUUCCAAACCUUGCGCUCAUCCUGACAACAACCCUUGCGCUCACGCCCUCGACCCUCCACUCCUCUUCAACACCAUUUCUACACUUCCCGUCGUACUCGCGCGCCCAGCUCCUCACCAUCCUCGGCAAAACUCCAUCGAGAAUCUUCCUUACUCCUCCGUCAGAAGAAAAGUUCCCAGACUACACACCCGAUCUCGCUGCCGAAGACGAUGCAUGGCUCUGGAACCGCUUCCUCGGCGCCGUAUAUGACUCUCUCGCGAAACACACAGGAAGAGACCUGGUCAGUUUUCGCAGCUGCGCUAUGCGCCUCUGGCGCCCGUUUGUCGAGCCCGUCGUCUCCGGCCAAUUCGGAACGCGCGAUUUCUCCCGCCUCAUGGUGAACAGACGCCACCUCUUCCAGCUCGAAGACUCCGUCCUAGACAGCAUCAUCACUUCCAAUGACUCCCAUACAGCCGUUCUACCUACAAGCGCAAUACCACCAACGCCCAGCAAACCCAAAGUAAAGCGCAUAACCACCCACGACCUCCCCUUCUACACAACCCACCUCCUCAUUGCGGCCUACCUCGCCUCCUACAACCCCUCCCGCACAGACGUAACAUACUUCAUGAAGCACACGGACAAGCGCAAAAACCGGCGGCGCGGCACCUCGUCCACCAACCUCGCGCUCCCCAAGGGCCCGAACUCCAAAUCCAAACACCGCAAGAUCUCUAGGCACUUGCUUACUCCUAGUCCGUUCACACUUGACCGCCUGUUUGCUAUUUUCAGGGCCCUGCUCGAUGGAAGUGUGCCCCAAGUCGCGGAUUUGUACACGCAGAUUGCGACGCUGACGAGUAUGAGGCUACUUGUUAGAGCGGGGGCGGGGGGGAGCGAUGUGUUGGAGGUCGGGGGCAGGUGGAGAGUGGCUUUUGGGUGGGAGUUUGCGCGGGCGUUGGGACGGUCUGUGAAUUUGGAAGUUGGAGAGUAUUUGGUCGGUGGUGUAGAUUGA